AUGACGCUACUUUCCAAGACCAUCACGACGUUUGGCAGUCUUUUUCUCGCCCAUGCCUGCUACUCGGCGCGUGAGCAUGCCGCGCUGCAGUCCCUCCGAGCUGCCACUAGCGCCUCGCUCACUUCGUCCCCAACAGCCGCCUCUUCUCUUCCCAUCGACAUUGUAAUCGAAACCAUCGUCUCCACAUUCAUUAUCCUCCUCGGGCUGGUCCUCGGCACACGGCCGCUACGGCCACUCGAGUGGCGCGUCUGGGCUGGGAAGAUCGAACGUGAAGGCGAACAAGGGUUUACAGACAAUUCUGGCGUGGUGGACAAAGAUUAUAUGGGAAAUCCAUUUGCUGUUCUAGAAUCUCGACCAAAUUUUGUGGAUAUUCGGAAGCAGCGUCGUCAAUUUGCCAAAUGGGUCCAGGAGGGGAGUGGGAAGCAAGGGCAAUGA